AGUGUGGAGGUGUAUAGAUGAAGUCAUCAUCCAGCUCUUAAACAUUGGGCUUUAGGCUCUUUGGGCUUCAUGUGAGCAUCUCCUGCAUACAACCUCAUGCAUGUGUGGACUGGACACACAGAUCCAGAACCAGUGGAUCCGACUGGUCCACAUCUCGGUCUCAACCUGCAGGACACGUCCCCGGUGAGUGAGUGGAGCAUUAGCUGCUAACAGCUAAAAGCUAACAACUGUAGCCGUGUCUGGUCCGAGCUGCUCCGGGGCCCCGGUCCACCAGCAGCCGGAACCCAGAAGUACCACCGAGUCAAAGACCCGGUCCUGGGAGGUGGACUGGUCCUGUAGGUGCAGAACCUACCAGCAGCUCGGUGCUGGGAGAUGCUAGCUGUGGCUGGUCUCAUAUUGGAAGGCGAAGAAAUUCACGACAAUCAUCCCACUGGCUGAUCUUGAAAAUUCAGCUACUAUGCCUUCUGUUGGACUGCUUCUUUAAAAAGUGGUAGCCAUGGCUUCUUGCAAGGUAGACGAGCUAACCGGUGACAUCAAGGACUUUGCUACAGUCUCCGAAUCACUUUCGCGAUGUAGCCUUGAUGACAUCACCGAGGAGCUCCAUUCAGACAUGCUGAAUGCUGCUGUGAAAUCUCAAAAACCUGGAAAAUUCAGGACUGCCCUGACGUUUUUUGGAGUGCGUAAAAAUAUCUGUAUUUUACCGAGUUUUUUUGGAGGACGGAGUAAAAAUCUGAACAAGGGCUCCUCUAAGAAAGGAAUCACCAAAAGCAAAACGCACGAUGGGCUGAGUAAGGUUUGUCACGAUGACUGUCUGAGAGGAAGGUACUGCCCAGCUGGAGACACUGAAUACCACAGCCAGAGGGACUCUUCAGGAGAGCUCUACACGUGCUGUCACAAUGAAUGUAGCCCCCCCACUGCUGACCAGAAGUCACUGACUCUCGGUCGACAGAGGAAAGGUUUGAGGAGUCUUUUUAACAGCUUUAAGCAUCACAGAAACCACAGAAAUGGUGGAGUGGAUAAAACCGAAAUGAUUGCAAUGUCUACUCCCCGCUGCAGGAGGGAGGUGCCUGUUGUCCAUGACAACGCCAACGAGUAUGUCACAGAGUGCCUGGGAUCUGAACCUGAUGUGCCUGAUUUUGAAGAUGUCAUCCAUGAAGUUUCCCUUGGUGCUGAGUGUAGCGGUGCUGUCACGGUCGCACUAGAGGAGAGUGUAGAGCAAGAUAGCCCAAAGUCUGAGCUGGAUGAUCAGAUGUGUGAUGUUCAAAUGGAGGAGAUGGAUUUGAUGGCUGUGGUUUCCAGUGAUUGCAAGGAGACUUCUCUGGGACACAACGAGCCUCGCCUAAAAGUCCAGAUGAAGUCAGAACCUGCCUUGAAGUCCGAAGCACCCACUGGCUCGUCGGAUCAACUCAACCUGAUGUUUGGAGACGUUGCAUCUUUGAAGAGCUUCGACUCACUCACAGGCUGCGGGGACAUUAUCGCAGAUCAGGAAGACGACAGCAUCUCGGAGAGCACAGUUUCUGGAGAGCGGAGCCGGAAUGGAGGGAAGAGGGCCUCCUGCUAUCUCACGUAUCAGGGUGGCGGUGAAGAAAUGGCCUCACCUGAAGAUUUGGAUGAAGAGUGUCUUCAAGAUUUCUGGGGAAAUAAGGGUUUAGAAAAAAUCUGCAGCGCUUGCAACGAAGACCACACUGAUAUGACUGAGCUGACGAGCUCUCACAAUAUGGACUUAUUGAACAGUAACAGCGCACAGCAAGACACUUCUUCAAUGGCUGAUGUGUUGACUCCUCAAAGUGAGCAUCAAGAAUCAGUUCCAACCAGUGAUGAGGGCUACUAUGACUCAACAACCCCGGGGCCAGAGGAAGGUCAAGAAAAAGCUGACAGACUGCAGACAGACAGAUUACCCAGGGACAGUUACAGCGGAGAUGCCCUCUACGAACUUUUUGCACCCGAUGAGAGCCUCAUCAGUCCACAUUAUGAGAGCAAAUCAAAGCUUCCCGGUUCAAAACAGUGCGAGUAUUUAAGUGAGCCUAGCGAUGGGACGGAUUCAGUCUUUGUUCCAGACAUGGAUCGAUUGCAAAUAGGCGCUGAACGGUAUGAAGUUCACAAUUUUCAUGAGAGCAGUAAAUCCUCCGAGUUGGCACAAAACAUGGUUGGUCGGCAGGAAAUCAGCUUGAAUAGAGACUGUAAUUUGAAUUCAAAGCAACAAGCGUCAGGCGGCAGGCAUAAUAAAGAAGCGAAUGUGUUUGAUGAGAAAGGAAAUGCACUCGUUCCAGCUGAAAAAAGAACAAAAUCCAUCAACGCAGACUGUGAGCAAAGGCACAGCAGCGUAUCGUUUGGAAGCACGUCUGACCCCGACUUUGAAACAUUCUGUGAACCCAAAGAGCAGCAUCUUGAGGAAAACAAGCCCGUGGCUCUGCCGUACAAAAGCAUCAGCUCUCAGUCUCUGGAUUCCAUCAACGAUUUGGACGAUGGGCAAACUGUGUGUUUCUCACAAGCACUCGUUGACUACACAAAAAACUCUCAGAUGCUGGGGAACUUGCACAACAGCGUGGAUGAUAUGCAGAGGAACACUGCCUUCACUCCAAACAUGGAGGCCUUACCCACCAUAGUCACGUUUGAUGUAGUGGAUAUGCACAACGAGGGUGAGUACGACGAGCAGAUUCACAUGGAGCUGGAGGAGGACCUUUCAUCGCCCUAUCAGGACUUUGAAGAAAGCUACCUUCAAAAAGACGCUUUUGCAGAGUUCGACUAUCAAAUGUUAGACCUGUACGAGCAGAACCUGAUCAGUAACACAUGGGCUGUUGCUAGUCUCCCACGGCACCUAGGCCUUACAAGAGUCAGCCAAUCCACAGCUAAUCCGCUGUCUCUAGACAGGAAAAGUAGAUCUCUAGACACAGAGGGCCUUGAGUUGAAGAUGCCCGACACAUGUAGAGAGGAAAGAGACACUAUUGUUUCUUGCCAGCAGACUGAAAAGGAGCCUGGAAGAGACCCCUCGCCGCAUUACAAAAAGAAUGUACAUGUGUCUGCAUUAGAUGUUAAAGACUGUAGCAGCAUUAUGGCCUUAUCAUGGCAAACCAGGUCAGAAGUGGCUCCGAGGCUUCCUCUGACAGGCGAAAUAACUGAAGUACCGAGCUUUAGUCAAGCCCACGUUAAGCAUAAACAAUUUUCCUCUUCGUCCAGCAGUGAUUUUCCUGACGAUAAAGUACAGCGUCUUUGCUCCAAUGUGUCAGACAGAGCGUCCUGUGGUAUAAUGUCGCAGAGAACAGAGCUGUACAACAGACAGUGUCACCUUCCUUUGCAAUCGGACUCCUGUUAUCAGUUAUCAGAAGAUAUCGAUGAUGAGCUUUUCUGUAAAGCAGCCCCUAAUUUGCAGUCCUACAGGCAGAGUGGUAAAAGCAGAGCAGUGGCUCAUAGGGAGGGGAUGCGUCGUGCAGGGAGUCAGUUAAACGCAGGUGUGCCUAAAGACGAUCUGGCCGCCCUCAGUGAAACGAACGCCCAGGAAUGUGGCGUGCCCCGUGGCCUGCAGCAAACUCCCAGAGCCGACCAUUGAUUGAACGGCUUUUACUCAUACCGUUAAUAUCCCGUGUAUAUGUGCCAAUGAGUGCUUUUAUGUUACAUCCAAAGGAGUAACGGUUGCUUCAUUUUUACAACUGAUUCCUAGUUGCACACUGUGAUAGACGGGACACCAAUUAGAAUAUUUACUUUGUCUGUGCCAUGGAGUCAACUACAGCGCUGUCGAGGGAAAGUCAAACGGGAUUUUCUGCUCUUGCACAGUAACGGUAGUUCGCUUCACACAGAUCAUACCUGCAGUUGACUGAAGGUAUUAGAAGGGAUUAUUUGUUUUAUUUGCAUUUUGAAAUGGUCACAGAUUCAUCUCAUCCAACUGUUUUUAAUAAUAAUAUUAAGAGACAGGUUUUUUUUUUAUAUGUAGCCUCCAGGUCUGAGCCACAAGUUACUUACAAGGCUAUUCAUUAGCCCCAGUUUCCAUAGCACAGGCAGCUGCCUCUAAACACAUGUAAAGUAUGCGUUUGCUUUAAGUGCCAGCUGAUGAUUGUGUCUACUGCUUUUUCACGGCCUCUCUUUGCUGCAGUAAGGCUUAUGUUGGCUCGUCUAAAUUCAAUGUCAUUAGCUGUUUUCUAUAAUUUCCAGGUAGAUUGUUUUUAGGAAACAAACAGAGGAGUAUCACAGAGGGGAAUGUCUUUAUUUACAGGGAGCAGUCCCUCAAUCCACUAUAGGCCUUCUUCACAACAGACGGUUUGGCGAUUCAGAGCAGAUCCCUUUUCAGACAUGAACACAGAGUUUGUCUUUUACAUAUUGGGCAGUGGUCACCAACCCUUUCAAGUCCAAGAUCACUUUUUAAUUUCUUAACGUAUGCUGAGAUCUACCACCCGAUAUCUUCCAAAAAACCCACUUAGGAGGGUCAUAUUUAUUAUUUUAGCAAUUCCUGUAAAAGGCUGAAUGUAAGAAAGGCAGUUAUGCAACUAUCUAUUCUUUUCACAUUAGUAUCACUUCAUAUUUACAGCAUCUGUUCAAUGCACAAUAUUUAGCUUCUCAGUUCAACAAUAUGAUCUGCAGAGUAGCUGCUAGUGCAGCACAAUGUUUUUAAAUAGGCUUUGUCUUGAAUGUGGCCAUGAAUAUGAUUAUUUCCUUGUAUCAAAGUAGUCCUGUGUACUCAAAUAAAUACAAGUAUUACACAGUAAGAAGCUGUGCAUCGUUCACUCCUGAAACCCUAUUGGAAAUACACAUUGCAGCAGUCUUUUCUACUUCAAAACACUGAUAUAUCAUCUUAGGGGUACCAAUACAAGAAAUGUUAUCCCAGAAGGGUGUAAAAUAUGGGCUCUUUAAAAAACAAACAAAUAAUUGACAUGAAUUCAACAGAUAAACAUUCAAACUCAGGGGAAAGGUAAUUUUCUCGGUUUAUUCUGCUGUGAACCACAAUGUUUGCCUUUUACGACAAAAGUAUUUCAAACACUUCUCAAACAAGGUAAAAGUAAAAGCACUCCAGCCUUUCAUUUUCUGAAUCCAUUAAUUUGUUCUAACAGGGGUUUGAUUGAUAUCGCAAGACCAGAAGAUGCACCACUUCAUAGAUAGAGUCCCGACAUGUUGUUUAGUACAUAAUCAUGACUGUCGAGAUCGACCACUGAUUAUAGAGAUUGCAGCAAGAGAUUGUCCGGGUCAGACAUGAUCACAACCAAAGGAAAAUGCUAUGAACAUUAAGGCGAGUGGUGGCGCCCAUGGAGGUGUUACAAGCUGAGCAUGCAGGAGGCAGGACUUAACAGGGCAGCUGUGGCUCAGACGGUAGAGGUCGUCCACAUAUCAGAAGGUUGGUAGUUCAAUCUUCCAAAGUGUCCUUGCGCAAGAUACUGAGCCCAAGAUUGCCCCUGACGGCUGUGCCGCCAGAGUGCAAUAGAGGAAGUGCAGCAUUUAUUAACUGUAUGAAUGUGUUAAUUAGAGACUGUGGCUUGUAGCUCUGUGAGUGGUUGUUAAGACAAAUUGCUGCGGAAAUCAUGUGUGUUUGUUUACAGCACAUCGACACCGGCAUCGGCUCUCGAGACAUCUACGUCUGUGUGUUCUACGUGUAUGGCUCCUCUUUUCAUCUGGAGAUGUACGUUUUCUUUUUUCCAUUGUUUUGCAUCCGUCGUAUGUUACAAAUGUCAUCAACAUGCCCACCUGCUCUCACUCACGUUUUACCAGGGGGUUGGCGGUAACAUUUCUGGAGGAACUAACUGUACAUUCUCAAAUACAGUCCCUCUGGAGAAUUUCAGGAAAAUUUAGUGCGGGUCUGAAAGCAGCUUAGGAAUGGGCCAUGUGUCUCUCUAAGAAUCCCACUACUUAACAUCAUUUAUACCUGUGAUUUUCCUACUGUGACUCGUCAAAAUGUCUGCCUUUGAAAGGCAGUGAGACAACAUGCAUCUUAAUAUCUUUGUAUUGGGCGAAAACUCAAAAUAUCUCAUAGGAAAUGUACAGGUAGACUGGGAUCUCAUUGACAUACUGAAGACAGUUUUGCAAGUCGAAGCCACCAUCUGUCGAGCACAUUUCCACAUACAUGUACUCUGUGUAUGAACGUGCUGUACAUCAAGGAAACAGCUUGGAAACUUGUCUUUAAAAUGGUUAAAUCAAAACUAGGAGAAGAAAAAGCUAACAAUAACUAGUAGUCUAAGUUUUUGUGCGGGUUUCAGGCCUGAUGAUCCAAUCUGGCCCUAACCAUGACUGCUGUUUUUCUUUGGUGCCAGUUUCCACCUGAAAAAGUGCAAAUUUCUUAUUUUAAGGAUGCACUCCCUUCACGUGUUACUGAAGCUAAUGGAAUGAAAAAUCUGUUUGGUUUUGUUGAAAUGUUAUGCUAAAAUAUAAGCUGGUAUUCUCACCAUGUAUACUUUUCUUUUUUGUUGUGAUUCUAAAUGUUUUGAUUGGUCGGAGGUUAAACUGUCAGAUGAUGUAGUUUUUUAUGGCAUAAUAUUGAACAAAUGUAGUUAUAUUCUCAGCUAUUUGUACACUGUAACAUUGUAUUUAGACUGGUUAUUACAAAUGGCAAUAUUCUAUUUGUUUGAGUUCUCUUUUUUUAUUAUGUUCUUUUUAUUGUCUGAAAGUUACAUUCAUGUUACAUCACAGGAUUCUUCUGGAAAGUGUGUUAGAGUUUUGUCAGAGUAGAACACUGCCUUACACGAAAAUAAACAUGUCAAGACAGCA